GGAGCCUGGAGCCAGACGCACGGAGGGGAGAGAGGAGAGGACCACUCUGCGACCUAUAAGGGCUGUUGUUUUUCCCCCUCAUGCACGUUUUGUUUGCCCUCCCGUGCGCUUAAGGACCCCGCUACACGAUCCGGUGCAGUCCUGCGGAGGACUCUCGGGACUUGUCCGGCUUCACUUUCCUUCCACAAGGAGAGAGAGAGACGGAGAGAGAGAGAGAGAGAGGACGAGGAUCUGAGCUGGAGCCAGUUUUGUUGCGCUGCGAUGGAAUAAGCCGCUGCAGGAAGAACUCCUCCGAACUCAUGGAGACCACUUUCUCCUCCUAAUCUUUCUGUUUUAGCUCGCGCACCCAAUCAUGUAUGGAUAACGGGAGGGUCUCUGAAGAAUCCGGCUCAAAUGGAUCAGCGCUGACGGGAGCCGGGAUUACUCCGCGCACGGGCAGCCUGUUGAACGCCCACACACGGGCCUAUCACGCACCAUCUGCCUCGCAAUAAACACUCUCCCGUGACGGCACCAUCCGUGGAAGCAGUGUAGAAGUUUGACUUAUGACACCGCUGUGAGUUUUGGCCGUUUUGCGUGCAGCCGGAACAAUGGCAACCCCUGGCGCAUUGUUGGCACAGCGCGUCUGCAGGUCCGCGUCCACCCUGGGCUGCGUGCUGCUGUUUCUGGGCUACUUCUCCGUGGCCUCGCCGUCCCACGGCCGGCGGCUGAUCUGCUGGCAAGCCAUCAUGAACUGCCAAGCCGAGCCCGAGUGCAAUUACGCGUACGAGCACUACACGCGCGCCUGUGGCCCCGUGCUGUUGGGCGAGAGGAAGAAGUGUCCCAGCCACUGCAUCUCCUCGCUGGUCCAGCUCAACCUCACCCGGAACGGCCCGGCGCUGGAGGACUGCAGCUGCGCGCACGACGUGGUGUGUACGAGCACCAAGCGGGCCAUCGAGCCGUGCCUGCCCAGGACGACCAGCACCGGCUGCACGGAGGCGCGGCGCCAGUGCGAGCGGGACCAGCAGUGCAGCUCCGCCAUGCACGACUACUUGAACCACUGCGGGAAACUUUUCAGCGGCGCCGUGUGCACGAACGCAUGCCGGAACGUGAUCGCGAACAUGCGUAAAAUACCCAAGGGUCAGCAGCUGGACACUUGCAUGUGCGACGGCACGGAGCGGGCCAUCUGCGAGUUCGUGAAGAGCAGCAUGAAGGCGCUGUGCUUCGACUCGCUGGAGAGGGUCGAGGCCAGCGGCUACGACGGCUUGGACCAGGAGUACGACGACGACCUUGGGGAUCCGGACUAUCCGGAGGAGCUGGAGAGACGAGGAGCCGCUGCUCCGCCGGCGCACGGCUCUGUUGUGACCCUGCUGGCAACCAUUUUGGCUCUGCUGCCCCUCGUUUGAUCCCCGGGUUCACAAUCUGCCCCCUGACUAUUGUUUGGAUAAAAGGGGCGAUCUGAACUUUCUGCCACUCGCUGACCUUCUGCUGUUGUGAGGGGCUGGAGCCGCACAGACCUCGGGGCGCAGGGCCUCGUUUGAAUUCCAGACGCUGAAGGAUCUGGAAUCAGGAUCUUUUUCUAUGCAACUGAAAGCAGAGAAGGUAUUUCUGAGAAGUGUGGGAGCUCAGGGGGGCUGCUCUCUGGCUCCCUUAUCAACACCACGCCGCUCCUCUCCCCUCCAGAUGCUUUGCUUAUGUGAUAAGCUAAAUUGGACUGUCGACUUUCUCACAGUCAGACUGAUAGUCCAGUUGUCAUGGUAGAGACACAGUUGGGUUUUGUUUUUGGAGACAAUGCAACAUGUAAUCAGUAUAUGCUGUGCACUGCCAAUCUUUUUUAGUUUUUAAAGAUAUGAACUAUUUUUGUACGAUAGGCUGUGGCCAUUCUUUGGCCCCAGGUUUAUCUGAUCCACGAGUAUUUAAUGCUGGAGUCUAUGAACUUAUGUAAAUAGAUUAGGAGUUAAAGUGAAACAGUAAUUUAUUACAGGCCUCCUAGUUGCAUCCAAAUGUCCAUCAUGUGAAUAAAACAGACUGAGAAUUCCAGCUUUAAAGGGAAGUUAUAUUUGACUGUAUUCUCUUCAAAGAUAAUGUACAUUGUAUAUAUGUUUAUAGCCUAUAUAGAUUUUUUUUUCCAGAGAAUCCUCUAUGUUUUAGGCUACGAGAUGAUUUAUUCACUGUGUAUAGCCUAGAGAAAGAAAAUGUCUAAAUCCACUGUAUGAUCGCCUCAUUGAUAUACUUUUAUAGAAGGCAUAAAGAAACUUGAAGAUAA